AUGGCCUCCUUCUACAGGUAUUAUUGUACAUUUUUUGGACAUUUGUCAGUGGAUGUAUGUAAAGCUGCCAAGGCAGACCUAGUAUUCAUGGUGGAUGGAUCCUGGAGUAUCGGGGAUGACAAUUUCAAUAAGAUCAUCAAUUUUCUGUAUAGCACUGUGGGAGCCCUGGAUAAGAUUGGUGCUGAUGGAACUCAGGUGGCAAUGGUUCAGUUCACUGAUGACCCCAGAACAGAAUUCAAACUCGAUGCAUACAAAACCAAGGAGACACUUCUUGAUGCAAUCAGACGCAUUUCCUACAAAGGAGGAAAUACUAAAACAGGAAAAGCUAUCAAGCACGUUCGCGAUACCUUAUUCACUGUAGAGUCAGGUACGAGGAGAGGCAUCCCGAAGGUUAUCGUGGUUAUAACUGAUGGAAGAUCGCAAGAUGACGUCAACAAAAUCUCCAGGGAAAUGCAGGCAGAUGGUUACAACAUCUUUGCCAUCGGUGUGGCUGAUGCUGACUACUCGGAGUUGGUUCGGAUUGGCAGCAAACCCAGCUCCCGGCACGUCUUCUUCGUGGAUGACUUUGACGCCUUCAAGAAAAUUGAAGAUGAAUUAAUUACUUUUGUCUGUGAAACUGCAUCAGCAACCUGCCCAAUGGUGCACAAGGAUGGGAUUGAUCUUGCAGGAUUUAAGAUGAUGGAAAUGUUUGGUUUGGUUGAAAAAGACUUUUCUGCAGUGGAAGGAGUUUCUAUGGAACCCGGCACCUUCAAUCUGUUCCCAUGUUAUCAAAUCCACAAAGAUGCUCUGGUUUCCCAGCCAACCAAGUAUCUGCAUCCGGAAGGGCUGCCUUCUGACUAUACAAUGAGUUUCCUGUUCCGGAUCCUUCCUGACACUCCACAGGAGCCGUUUGCUCUUUGGGAGAUUUUAAAUAAAAAUUCCGACCCACUGGUUGGGAUUAUUUUAGACAAUGGUGGAAAAACUCUAACUUAUUUCAACUAUGACUAUACUGGAGAUUUUCAAACUGUUACUUUUGAAGGACCAGACAUCAGGAAAAUGUUCUACGGAAGCUUUCAUAAG